UUCCAUCUCAUGACCCUAUAUUAAGCUGCCAUCCGUUCGGGUCAUUGCCUGUGAAUGAAAGAAAAAAACUGGAAAAGAGGACAAAAUGCUGAGAACGCGGUUGCUAUGGUUCGCUGUCGGAUUCUCAGUAGCGGGAGCUGCGAUUUCUCAUGUCGUCUGGAAAGAUCUCCUCAACGAACGAUCUUCCAUUUCUUCCCAAAUGAUGCAUCAAUUCGAUGCCCUAGAAGCGCGAAUCUCGAAGUUGGAAUCACUCAAUUACCAUAAUGUGGAAGCAGUUAAGGAUGGACAGUAAUCUAGAGUUGGAGCCCAAAAGUUUGCCUGUGCAUGUUCGGGUUUUAUCUUUACAUUUACUUCCUGAAACUGUUGUUCGUUUUGAGAGAUGUAUGGUAAGAACUUGAGUAAUAUUUCUGAUGGAAGAUACUCCUUCAUGGA